AUGCCAUUGAUGUCAACAUCGCACAACCACGGUACUAGCUUUGCUAUUCGACAAGCUUCUCAACAAAAUUUGUUUGAUUUACCACAACAAUCACCAUCGACAUCAUUUGAAACACCAUCAAUUAAUGUCUCAUCGCCAUCUGAAUCGAGAAUCGUAAUGAAUACAAAUGUAUCGGCCCAACUGCGCAUUGAAGCUCAUAAAACAGUCGAUCAAUUUUACGAGCGCAUGUGUUAUGAACUGUUCGAAGAAAGAAAGAAUAAGCCGAUGGAAAAACUUACUACAAUACGAAAUACUUUGGAUACACUCAUUCGAAAACAAGGAGCAACUCAUGAAAAUAUUGAUUCACUAGUCAAUGAUAUGCAAUUGAUUGAGCAAGAAAUCAAUGGUCUUAAAAAUAUUCAAGUUAACUUGCGUCCAUUAGUUAUUGAUGUCAAUUCAGUAAUUCAAUCGAAUUCAAGCAAUAGAGUACUACAACAGACUGAAAAUAUUGAACUACUACAGACGAUUUCCGGUGAUUAUAACGAUACGCGAGCAUUUUCAAAUAGAAGUCCAUUUCAACUGUUUAUUCAGCUUCCUAGUGCAAGAACAAUCCUCCUUACAAUCGAUCCAACUGACACAAUUAUAACACUUAAACAACGAAUCGCAGAGAGAGUAGGUGUUCCAGCAGAACACCAAUGUCUCACAAAGAUGGGAAAAAUUCUGAAAGACGAAUACUCUAUUGCUACCUAUGAUAUACAAAAACAGUCCAACAUAAGCUUAAGUCUUCGAAUGAAUCAGCAGUCAACCAACGAUAAUGCAUCUUGA